UGCUUGCCACAACAGACGUCAUGGACAAUGAGGACUAUGAGAUGGAUUCCUGGCUCUUCAACAUUUCCAUCAGUGACAGUGAGGAACACAAACACUUCAUAAAGUUCAAGGAGAUCUUUCUGCCCUGCAUGUACCUGGUGGUGUUUAUUUUUGGACUGGUGGGGAACUCCUUGGUUCUGAUUAUAUACGUUUUCUACCAGAAGCUGAGGACUCUGACAGAUGUGUUCCUGGUGAACUUGCCCAUGGCUGACCUGGUAUUUGUCUGUACUCUGCCCUUCUGGGCUUAUGCAGGCACCUACGAGUGGGUCUUUGGCACGUUCAUGUGCAAAACUCUUCAAGGCAUGUACACAGUGAACUUCUAUGUGUCCAUGCUCACUCUCACCUGCAUUACAGUGGAUCGUUUCAUUGUCGUGGUCCAGGCUACCAAGGUCUUUAACCAGCAGGCUAAGUGGAAGAUUUGGGGCCAGACCACUUGCUUGCUCAUUUGGGUGGUCUCCCUGUUGGUCUCUUUGCCACAGAUCAUCUAUGGUAACGUUGAACAUCUGGACAAGCUUAUCUGUCAGUACCACAACGAGGCAUUUUCCACUGUGGUUCUAGCCACACAGAUGACUCUGGGGUUCUUCUUGCCAUUGCUCACUAUGAUUGUGUGCUACUCAGGCAUCAUCAAGACCUUGCUUCAAGCUCGAGGCUUCCGGAAGCACAAAUCUCUGAAGAUCAUCUUCAUUGUAGUGGCUGUGUUCCUGCUGACCCAGACACCGUUCAAUCUUGCCAUGUUAAUCAGGAGUACAAGCUGGGAGUACUACACCAUGAUCAGCUUUCAGUACGCCAUUCUAGUGACAGAGGCUAUAGCAUACUUUCGGGCCUGCCUGAACCCUGUACUCUAUGCCUUUGUUGGCUUAAAGUUCCGGAAGAACCUCUGGAAACUUGUGAAGGACAUUGGCUGCCUCCCUUACUUGGGAAUUUCAAGUCAGGGGAAGUCUUCUGAGGACAGUUCCAAGACUUGUUCUGCCUCCCACAAUGUAGAGACCACCAGUAUGUUCCAACUGUAGCUGUAGUAGGCCUGGCCAGACUUGGAGAAGCUAGCAUCAGAAUUCUUAGGAGCAUGGCUAUGAACUUUGGAUGCAACAUGUGGACUCUCGUGGAGAAGUCACCAAAAACUACAGCUGUGUACAAAGCUUCUCAGAUAUAAACAUACCCUGUUCUUAAUACCUAAGCCUCAAUAUUCAAAGGAGAAUGUCUUGAGAUUUUUAAGCACCUUUUCUCUUCCAUCCUCAAGAAUGCUAACUCUAGAGAUUUCAGGUGUUCUUUUACCAAGUUUGGGGCUAAAAGUCGAAGAAGAGCUGCAUCAACAAAGCUGUUGAUGGAAGGUAACAUGAAGGUUCCUGGGUUCAGAAGAUUCUUCUAUAGGCAAGUAGUGGAUAGCUGAGAAAUCCCCACAUGCAUGCUGGUCUAUGUGGCUCAGACCUGUCACCAGGCUCCUAACAGGACGACACCAAGUUCAGAUUCUUCCAGAGGUCUGACUUGUGUAUUGGUAGAGGCUUAUAUUUUCUUGGAUUAGUCCUUGAAAGUGCAGCAUAAGAGACUGAGGAUAGGCUAGAAUAAAUAGCUGAAUUUCAGUGGUCCACAGAAUGCUAAAAGACGUGCAAAAAGGAGGUUAAGACUAUAACAACUCUAAGCAGCAUUAUUAAAGGGACUCCGGUGGCUUUGCUCAUCUUAAAAAAAAAAAAAAAAAAAAAAAAAAAAGUGGAACUUUGCAAUGCCUGCCACACUAUAUCAAAUAUUAUGAGUUUCAUGGCUAAGAAAUAAAACCUUUUAAAAGUUUUCAAA